AAUUAGUCAUCGUCUAUGGACGGAAAGUCACAUUAAAGCUACAGCGAGUCGUAUUUAGAAAGGGGUCGUAUAAAAGUGUAGUGCCACGUGUCCUAAUUCACAAGUUUUCCAAAUUAUAGCCUACUGUCGACUGAGGUAGGCUACGGCAGAGCGUCAAAUUAAAGGUUUUCCCAGGACAAUGUAGACUUGACGUUAGGCGGAUGCGCCAGUCAAUAUUAGCCUACAGAAAAGCCAGCGAGUAUCGCUAAUCAUUUCCGAGUCCCACCAUCUAAGCGCUUAACCAUAGGGCAUUCACGUAUCAACGGGGUGAACUAAGGCGCGUAAACAGGAAUAAAAUGUUUUCCAUCUAAAAACCGGAAGUCGGUAACGUAGUUGGCCAAAGGCCGGCUAAUGUUACUUACAGCAGUAACAGCGGCCGCUAGGGUUGUAGGCGAGUUUGUCACAUGAUUCCAGUCGAAAAAGAAAGCUUGCCAUUAACCCGUGCCUUAUAUUGCUCUCGAAGGGUUGUGGCUUCGCACAGAACAAUGUCUACGUUGACUGAAGAGUCGUCGCCCAGCAAUCGGAUUUUACUCUCCUUGAAGUGAAAUGACAGUUGAUACCCCCAAGCCAUGAAUUUGGAGAUCCCGCGGACAUCGGUGUUCACCUUCCAGUCCUCGGUGCACUGCGUGCACGUUCUCAGCUGUCUGGACGAACAGAGACGGAAGGAGAUCCUGUGCGAUGUGACCGUUGUGGUGGAAAACAAGAGCUACCGCGCCCACCGAUCUGUUCUGGCAGCAUGCAGCGACUAUUUUCACAGCCGAGUGAGCGGCCAUGCCGGACACGGCCUGGUCAUAACGCUUCCCGAAGAGGUGACAGUGGACGGGUUUGAACCACUGCUCCAGUUUGCCUACACUGCAAAACUGCUCUUCACCAAAGAAAACAUAGUGGAGAUCCACAACUGCGCGGAAAUUUUGGGGUUCCAAAAUUUGGACAAAGCCUGCUUCGACUUCCUCAUCCCAAAGUUCGUCGACCAUGGCAAAAACGUGGCCAGAAUCCGGAGGAAGGUGUGCUGCAAGGCCAAGUGCUGCCAGCGGAGAUCCUGCAAGGCGAACUGCCGCAGUGGUGCUGACGAGGAGGAACGGGAAGAGGAGCGCGCCGACGCCGACCCGCCGAGCGCCGUCGGGGCAAACGGGGGCGACGGGACGCCGUCCCAGAGUUCCGCGCCUGUAUCGGAAUCGCCCGAGGCCCACGGCCCCGGCUGCCCAGAGGAGCACGCGGAAACGGACUACUCUCAGCUUUGUCCGAAGUACCGCAAGUUCCAGAUGGCUUGUGGGAAGGACCGGUGCUGUUUGGAGGACUGCGGCCCACAGGCGGCGGCUGCCCCUCCGGGCCCGUCCGGCGAGCUGUGCGCUUCUCCCUGCUCGCCGUGCGCCGGCGAUGAAGACAACGGAGCCGCGGACUUGUGUGGCGCAAACCAGCCAGAAACGGGCGGCGUGCCCGAGAAUGAGGCCGUCCCAUUGGCCGGCUGUCUCCCCUGCACACCCGAGAGCUCUACCGCCCUCGGCUUUUUGGCUAGCCCGGAUUUAAGUAGCGGUCCACCUGCGGGCCCCUCCUCGGUCGCCCCCGACUGCUGUCCGGUGGGUCUUGCGGAUGCCACGGUGGCACUGGAGGGGGACGAGGUUUUGGGGUGUGGUGGAAUCGACGGGACAGUGAGCUUUGACCCGACAGAUUCUGCCCUCUCCGGGCUGGUCGAUGAGGGCGGGGGGGACCGGAGCAGUGUGGAAAGGGAGGUGGCCGAGCACCUGGCCAAGGGCUUCUGGCCCGAUCCCUCCCCCUCGCAGGCCGCCCCGCUCCCCCUGGACCCCGAAGGCCAAUCGGCCCUGGGGAAGGCCGCCGACUUCCACUGGCUGAAACACCUGGACCUCACGGCCAGCACCGGGGACUGCCCCUUCCUGCGUGACCUGGGAGAGGAGGUGCAGCUCCCCGAGUUUGAGGGGGGCGCCCAGCCGGAGAAGAGCCCCUGCAUCUCCUCCGUUAAUUCGGGGGACAACUCGGACUCUGACUCGGAGGGGGACAGCGAGUCCUACAACAGCGAGAGAGCACGAGAGAUGCAGCUGCCCUUCCCGGUGGAGAAGAUCUCGUCUCUGAGCCGGAACGACUUCCAGCACCUGCUGCGGCUGCAGAGUCUGACGCGGGAGCAGCUGGACUUCGUGCACGACGUGCGGCGGCGCAGUAAGAACCGCGUGGCCGCCCAGCGCUGCCGCAAGAGGAAGCUGGAGUGCAUCGUGGGCCUGGAGGGGGAGAUCCACAAGCUGAGAAGCGAGAGGGAGAAGCUGACGCAGGAGCAGGCCCAGCUGAAGAGGCGUAAGGUGGAGACGCUGCAGAGCCUGUCGGAGCUCUGCCACAAGGUGUGCAGCGAGGCCACGCUCUCUCCCGACCAGCUGGAGUUCCUGGCCCAGUACUCCUCCCCCGACUGCCCCGCCUCCGUCCUCAUGAGCUCCUCCCCCUCCUCCGCCCUCAGCCUCAGCUUCAGCCUCACCCUCCAGGACCAGGAUCCCGCCCCCGCCGCCGUCUCUGCAGACACCAGUCCCUCAGGGGACCCCUCCCCCUCAGGGGACCCCUCCCCCUCCCCCUCCGCCUCCGCCUCCGCCUCCAACAGCCCCGCCCCCAUCACUGACAUCUGCCUGGAUGCGAGUGGCCAGUGUCCCGCCAGCGAAGCGUCACCGUCCUCCCCGCCCCUCCCCUUCUUUCUGAACAAGUGA